AUGUCCUGGGAAGGGUUUAAAAAAGCUAUCAACCGUGCUGGUAACAGCGUGCUCAUCAAAAAUGUUGACAAGACUCAUGAUAAAGAUUAUGGAAUGGAAGAGCGUAGGUACAGGGUCCUUGAGAAAGCAGGUAAGGAAUUACAGAAGGAGGCAAAGGGAUAUCUUGAUUCUCUAAGAGCAGUUACCGCGUCUCAGGUCACUAUUGCAGAAGUUAUCUCGGAUUUGUACGAUGAUUCCAAGGCAACCAGCGCGUCAGCACACAAUAUAGGGAACUACUAUCUACAAUGUGUUAGAGAUUUUGAUACGGAAACGGUGAAACAGUUGGAUGGGCCCUUUAGAGAAACUGUGCUUGAACCAAUCACGAAAUUCGCCACUUAUUUCGAUGAAAUUGAAACAGCUAUCAAGAAAAGAGAACAUAAAAAACAGGAUUACGAUGCAGCAAAGGCUAAGGUGCGUAGACUUAUCGAUAAGCCGGCUAAAGACGCUACCAAGUUACCUCGUGCCGAAAAAGAGUUGGCCUUCGCUAAGGAUAUUUACGAUAAUUUGAAUGACCAAUUGAAAUUAGAACUUCCACAACUAGUCUCCCUCAGAGUGCCCUAUUACGAUCCAAGUUUCGAAGCAUUAGUGAAGAUUCAGUUGAGAUUCUGUACUGAGGGGUACACUAGACUAGCGCAAAUUCAACAGUAUUUGGACCAGCAGUCACGUGAUGAUUACGCAAACGGUCUUCUCGAUCAAAGAAUCGACGAUUUAUUGCAACAAAUGUCAAAUCUAAACAUUUGCGCUCUAGGUUUCAACAAAUAA